AAUUAAGCAGUAGUUAGUGAACAAUAAAAUAGUGCACUUAAUAGCAGACAUCUAAAUGUUAACAGGGAAUUUAGCAAAUAAGUAAGGUCUAGCACUGCAGUCAGUCCUAAAUUUAUUGUAAUUCAAUGCAACUCUUCAACAGAUGGUGCUAUACACCAGGUACAAUAUACACAGAACCUAUUCGCUGCCCAUACCAAGAUGUUCCCUUUGAACUGGGUGUUAAAAAUGCUGUUAUACUGAAAUACACAGUACUGAUCAACAGCAAUAGACUUAGAUUAUCAUAGCAGACCACUAAGUCCUAGAGAAGUACAAGAUAGAACCCUAUCCAUGCUUUGCCUCUCUGUAAACUGAGAGAAAGCCAUUGUGAAAGUGUUUGUAUGAUUUCCCCUUGUGUGAACAGGGGAAGUUGUGGUUAAUCUUGGAUGCCAGGUGUGGAUGUUUACCAGCACAGGUAAUGGGGGUAGUCCAGUGCAAUGUGUAUGGGUAGUUACAUAGAGGUCAAGGUAACCCUAGCCCGAGAUAAAACUGUGAUAGAAUGUCAUGCGUUGUGAAUCCUUCUCAUAGAGAGACCCAAGUUAAGAGAACAUUUUAGACUGACAUUUUCAAAAUUGCCUAGGAGACUGGGAUGUUCUGUUUCCUUAUUUUAAAUGGGGAAUCCUUUUAGUUAACCCCAUAUCCCUUAGAUUUGAACAUCUGAGCUUUAAUCAUCUCUGGAAGAAGCCAUUAUGAAGGGAAAAUGUUACAGCAAAUGCAUAAGGGGUUAAGCUUGGGCAUUCUUUGCAGAAUGUUUUAUUAUUUUGAUCUGGAAGUACAGAACUGUGGCAAAAGAAACUGUACAGAUGUUGAAGGGCAAUCUGAAAGCUUGGUUUAAUACAGUGGACUUACUGCUACAAUGGUGGUUGAGAGAGACCAGGUAUAGGGGAUUUAGAAGUAUUGAAAAGAAUAAAUUUUGCUGAAUAAGGAAAGGUAGUCCCAGUUAAACUCAGAAGGCUAUAUGUUAUGCCAGUACAAGAGAAAUGUAAAAUACUGAGGCUGGUGAUAGAAUGUAUAGUCAAUUCCCUCCAUGUGAAAAAAACUCCAGAAGUAAGCUUAUACUAAAUCUAAUUGUAAAUGUAAUCUCAGAUUCCCUUCUCUCUCUGCAGACACAGAGCAGCUACCAAAGUUCUCCAGGUCAAUAUAGUCCAGUAGACCUUGCUAAGUCUGAAUUGGGUAUGGAGACAAUGCAAGAAGAGGGACUUCUUAAGAGGGUGCAAGAACUGGAAGAAGAGGUGAAGAAACUUCAAGAGAAACUCUCAGAGGGCAAGGAGAGCAAUGGCAUAAAAAGUGGCCCUUCGGCAUCUGGGAAAACUAAGAAACGCCAGCAGCGUCCAUUUGAUUUUAGUGCCUAUGGCAAGAGACAUGUGGCACUGAAGAUAGCCUAUCUGGGAUGGGGAUACCAGGGUUUUGCCAGCCAGGAGAACACCAACAAUACCAUUGAAGAGAAAUUGUUUGAGGCACUAAGCAAGACUCGGUUGGUAGAAAAUAGGCAGACUUCCAAUUAUCAUCGUUGUGGGCGGACAGAUAAGGGGGUCAGUGCCUUUGGACAGGUGAUUUCCUUGGACCUCCGUUCAAACACUUCAGAAGGAAAAAAAGUAAAUGGUCAUGAAGAUGGCUUGGAAGAGAGAGCCAGUAGUUUUGUGGAUGAGAUGCGCUAUACCCAUAUUCUAAAUAGAGUACUUCCUCCUGAUAUACGUGUCCUAGCCUGGGCUCCUGUAGAGCCCAGCUUCAGUGCUAGAUUCAACUGCCUCAAGAGGACCUAUCGCUAUUUUUUUCCACGUGCAGACCUGGAUGUAGCACUCAUGAAUGCUGCAGCCCAAAAAUACAUAGGGACUCAUGACUUCCGCAAUUUGUGCAAGAUGGAUGUAGCCAACGGUGUGAUAAACUUCCAAAGGACUAUUCUCACUGCACAAGUGCAACUGGUGGAUAGAGGCCAAGAUAUUGGGCUACAGGACCCUUUCCAACUGUGUCAGUUUGAAGUAACAGGCCUGGCAUUCCUCUAUCAUCAAGUCCGCUGUAUGAUGGCAAUCCUCUUCCUAAUUGGGCAGAGGAUGGAGGACCCAGAGAUUAUUGACAAGCUACUGGAUGUGGAGAAGAACCCUCGAAAACCACAGUACAGCAUGGCAGUGGAAUUUCCUCUGGUUCUUUAUGACUGCGAGUUUGAAAACAUCCAGUGGAUUUAUGACCAAGAAGUUCAGGAAUUCAAUAUUACUCACCUACAGCAACUCUGGGCCAAUUAUGCAGUCAAAACCCAUAUGCUAUAUAACAUAUUACAGGGGCUAGAUUCUGUCAGUGUGCCCACAGGAACAGACUCGGGGAACAACGAUAAGGUCCUCUGGAGAGAAGUGAAGCCUCCAAUCCAUAACCAGGUCAGCAGUUUUGUUGAGGGAGUGAAAGCCCGCACUUACAAACCACUGCUGGAUCGCCCCAAGUGUGAAGGUUUAGAGUCCCGGAUCCACCACUUUGUGCGCAGGGGCCGUAUUGAAAUGCCACACUGCAAGGAGAAAGAGGCUGGAGCAGAAGCACAAGAGCUAGAAACCAAGAGAGGCCAUAGUGAAACUACAGAAAAAGAUACUGAGGUACUAGAACAACCUGCCAAGAGGGUCUGUGUAGACGCAGAAUCCAAGAUCUCCAAAUGAUACGUUGCCACUGGGGACAAGCAACAGGGUGAUGAACUCCCCUGGGAUUUAAGGCUUCUUUCUUGGGAAGGAAGGUAGAUAGAAUUGUUUAAAGAUAGCUCUGUGCCUUUUUUAGUAUAAUGAAUACUUUCUAGGGGACCCUACAAAUUAUUAUUUUAUAAUGGUCUAAUGUAAAGAUUCUGAAACUGGUUCAUGGAGCACUUACUAAUCAUAUAAUACUUGUUUUGCCUUUAACUGAUCUUGCAUUAAAAGCAGGUAAUACUUUUCA